AUGUGUUGUGCCCUGAACAUGUUUCAAAGACUCUACCAUGUGAUAAGCUGCGGACACAUAGAAAGGAGAAUUACAGUUCUUCCCUGCGUCAAAGAAGAACCUUUCACCAAUUUCGAAGAGGAAGGUCAGCAAUCUCAUUUGCAUAACACCACAAGUUCUUUCUCGCCUGUAGGAAAAUGUGCAGAUAAGGAAGGAAAUCUUUAUGUUCGUCAUAGGGAAACUCAACAAACUGAUCAGCUUAACACUUCAAAUACUUCCUUGUUCCCACAUAGCCAACCUUCUCACAAAGAAGGAAUUUCUCCCAAUAGCUCAAGGGGUGGCAAACAAAUGGAUCAGCUUAACUCCAUGAGUUCUUGCUUGCCUGGCAGCCUGUAUACAAAAAAGGAAGAAAAUUUUGACAAUCAUCAAAGGAAAAAUCAACAAACAGAUCAGCUUAACAUUUCAAAUCCUUUCUAUUUGCCUCUGAGCCAACAUUCUCAAAAAGAAGGAAUUUCCACCAAUAACUCAAGGGAUGGAGAAAUAGAUCAGCUUGACACCUCAAGUUCUUCUUCCUUGCCACUAGGCCAACAUUCAUAUGACAAAGCAACUUCUAAGAAUCGUGAAAGGGAUAAUCAACGAACACAUGAGUGUAACACCUCAAAUUUAUCCUCGCCUCAGAGUCAUCCAGCCGAAGGAAUUUCUAUUGCUUUCCAAGGGGAAGAAACAGCUGCAGAUCAGCCUGACGCAUCGAGCUGCCCUUCUGAUCAGUUGGUUUUAUUUGGCUUGUCAUUAAGUGUGUCGGAGAAGGAUUUCUUGCAAAAGUUUGCGUGUUUGACCAACGCGAAGCUGAUAGAAGAGUGGUCAAAAGAUGUGACCCAUGUCAUUGUGGCCAAAGGUGCUGGUAGCUCAUGGAGCAGAUCAUUUGAAGUCCUCAUGGCCAUACUGCUUGGGAGAUGGGUUGUCCAUUUUGAAUGGGUUGCGGGCUGCUUGGGGACACAUCCAGGCCCAGAAGCUUCUUACGAGGUAGCAUUCAGCAUGGAUUCAGUCAGAACAAUCAACGGGCCGAAGAAGGGAAGAAUGCGAGCAGCUGAAGGGGCACCAAAUCUGUUUUCGGGACUGUGUUUCUGCCUGAGCGACUACAUGAACCCUGACAACAGAGACCGCAUGCGAGACCUCAUAGCCUCAACCGAAGGGCGGGUGCUGGAGAGACGCGACCUGCACUUGCAACUAAUAAAAAACCCUGAUGAUGACUCUUCGGUGAGGCGGUACUUCGUCUACGACGUCGAUGCGCCCGAGGAAUUCAGCUUGAGCACGCUGCGUAAGGAAAUGGAGGAGGUGAGAGAGCAAGCGGCGGCGGGGGCGCAGGUGAUCUGCCACCUCAAGGUGUUGGAUGCCAUCGCGGCUUAUGACGCGGAGAUUCUGAACGCGAAGGACAGCUUCACGUCGUGA